AUGGUGCUGCUGCGGCACACGGCGAAGCACGGGGAGCAGACCAUGGACGUCCCCGCCGGCUUUGGUGCCGCCGGCGGCGACGCGGUGCGCGUGGAGAUCAUCAGCGCCGCGGACCUGUCGCUGGGCUCCAAGUCGCUGCCCGUGCCGUACUGUUCCUUGGCCGUGGGCUAUGCGGGGCAGCCCUGGGCCGCCAAGUUCUCCUCGGCGAACCGGGAGUGCAACACCCCCCCCGCACUGCGGCAGCGCCACCCCCGGUGGAGCGCCCGGUGCCAGCUUGGGCUGCCGCAAGCUUACGUCUCCCCGAGCCGCGUGGACUUCUCCAAGGAGGAGCCCUCGGAGCCCCUCCCCGAGCUGUCGGUGCGGGUCAUGGACGCCGGCGGGCUGCGGGGGGACCGCGUGGCCGGGGAGGCACGGGUGCCGCUCAGCGCCAGCGGCUGCGGCACUUUUCGGCUCCUGGGCGGGGGCUACGCCUCGCUCUCGCUGCGCUGGGCCGUGGGAGGCCGCCCCGCCGCUUUGCGGCGCCCGGACUUCGAGCGGGCGGUGGGCUUCUGGUCACAGCAGGACCUCAGCAGUCCCACGGGGCUCACCCACGCACAGCUGGAGCUGGCAGCCGUUCUGGCGACGUGUCGGAGCCCGGAGGAGCAGCGGGAGCUGAACGAGCUGAUCCUGCAAGCGCCUCUGUCCGCGCUCUUCUCGGACCUCACGGAUCGGCGAGAUCUGGAUGAGGUUGAGGCGCAGAGCAUAGGCAGCCAGUCCCUGAUGACGGUCCUCUCCGAGCACCUGGCCUUGCACAGGUUUACUCCCUUGGCAAGCAGCCGACUGGUAGGCGCGUUGGUGGAGAAGAUCACCAACUUUCGCACGUCCUCCGACGAGACGCUGAGCCAGAGUGUCGCAGCACUGGCGCUGGCAGAUGGCUGCGAGGAGACCUCCUUUGCAAGCUCUUCUUGCGGGCGUCUGGAGAGGACCUGCUGGAGCUCAAGAAGUUGGUGGACGCCGCCGGGGGCGGCCGGGACUUGCGGGAGACCGUCUUCACAGUGGUCGCCCAGCAGGGCAGGCGGAGCGCUCUGCUGCAGCACUUCGGGGAGGAGGCCUUGGCGUUGCAGGUCUUCCCGAAGCACAUCCUGGCGGACAUCGACAUGA